AUGUCUGAAGCAAUCGAGUUGACUGAAGCUAAGCUACGUGUGUUGAAGGUAACAGAACUUAAAGAUCUACUCAGCAAGAGGGGGCUUCCCAUAACUGGAAAGAAAGAAGAUCUAGUAGCUCGGAUCGUUGCCUUCGAGCAGAGCAAACAAAGCAACUCUAUCUCGAUUGGACAAGUCAACGAGACAACGAACCACGUCUCCGAUCUCAAAUCAUCAAUAAGAUUAAGCCAAGUCCCAACGAACAAUGUCACUACCAACGACGUCCACUCAACAGGAAAAGAACAACACUCACCAAAUGAUGACGACUUCAAGUUAGAUGACAUUGCUUCUCCUGGCAUUGAUGAAAACUACGAUUGGGAUUUGUCUAUAUCGGAUAUACUCGGAAAAGAGGGUGACCUCGAUUUCGUAUCUCUCUCUCCAAAACCGGCAGCGGCUGAUUCAAAGGACACGCCAAAGAAAGUAGAAUCAAAAAAAGAUAACGAUUCUAAAGACAACAAUAAAAAUCCUUCAGAAAAUCGGUUGUCCGAUUCAAAAAUCACUGUAACCAAAGCUGAUACGGAAGAAUCAGCAAAUUCGACCGCAGAAUCCGGAGAGUUAGUGCCCCAAGAGGAGUAUGUAGUGACAGCUAGCGGAUUUAGAUGUAAAAAGAUCACAUUCGAUGACAAUCCUGUUAAGGCACCGGUUCUUUUGACCGAAGAAGAGAAACGGCGUAAGCGUGAACAAAAAUUUGGACCAACAUCAAAUGAUUCAGAAAAGCCUGCGCAAAGGAAUCCAGGCCGUUCUGCUUCAUAUCAUUCACAAGACGUAUCUAGAGGUCGGUCAUUCUCUUCUUCCGGAAAUGUGCGAAGUCAACCAAGACCUAAACUUUCUGCCGAGGACAAAGAAAAGUUGAAAAAACGAGCGGAGAAAUUUGGCCUUCAACCAAGAGGAGAAACAUCAAGUAUAAAUAACAAGACAAAUGGGAACAAAUCGACAUCGGUUGACCCCAUCGAGGAAGAAAAACGACGCAAACGCGCCGAAAAGUUUGGUACAGGGAAUGCUCAAAAGCGAAAAGUAGACGUAUGUUAA